GGAACAGUGCAAGACCAUGUAUGUUUCUCUGUCUAUCUGUAUCUCAAGGGUUGCAGCAAUUGCUGCGCAUCGUUGAGAUAUCCCCGUCAACAGUCGUGACUCGGUUCAUUGGCAUUUCCCGUCCUGACGCGUCAGGACCCGCGGACGUACCACCCGUGGACUUCUAAAGGCACGCAAAACCCUAAAUCAAUGAGUGGCAGCGGGAAUGCCAAGACUCCCAAAGAUUGGGGCGAUAGAUCGGGGACGCCCACUCUCCCCAGCUCUAUUCCCCCCCUGGAUAGUCUAGGCAACAUCAUUCGAGAAUUCAUCAGCGCCCCCCUGCCGGACUUUUGUCAGCGGCAGUGUCAUCGGGGUUUAUUGACUCAAGAGGCUGUUUCGAUUGAUAGCCAAGCCCCGAUCUGCGUUGCAUGUCUAGCCCGAUGAUGUCGUAUGUGGCUAUGAUGUUUCCCACAUUUCUGGACGGAGGGAGGGGAAGUUUGGUCUGCUUUGCAAGGCUCCACUGCUUGGCCGGGUGGCUUUCUGUCUAUAUAAGAGGGGUUGACCACCUCUCUUCCUUCCGAGUUGUUCAUCAAACAAAAACCAUCUAUCAUCUAUCCUAUCUUUCACAAUGGGUCUCUUCCACCACCACCACGAAAACCCCCCUCACCACGGCGGUCCCCAGGGCGGUCCUCCUGGCCCUGGCGGCCCUGGCGGUCCCGGUGGCCCUCACGGCGGCCCCGGAGGCCCUGGCGGCCCCGAACACUUCGGCGGCCCUCAAGGCGGUCCCCACGGCGGUCCCGGCGGCCCUGGUGGCCCCGGUGGCUUUGGCGGCCCUCAAGGCGGUCCUGGCGGUCCUGGCGGCCCUCACGGUGGUCCUCACGGCGGCCCUGGAGGUCCUGGUGGCCCUGGUGGCCCUCACGGUGGCCCUCAAGGCGGUCCUGGCGGACGCUGUACGAUCACACUUACCUCCGGCUACCAUUGA